UUUUUUUAGCCUACAAACAAACGCAUCUUUUUCCGUGCGCUGGUCCAAAAUGCGGAGUCUUGUGAAUUGGCGUGUGUUUAUAACCUUUUUGGUUGUUUUUUACCAACAAAAUGUUGUCGGAGUAAAAAUGAUCGGAGGGUUGACCGAGGAGAAGCAGGCUGAUGAAGCAGUUCAAAAGAUCUGUGAUGCAAUGAAGCCUCUCGCAGAGCAGAAAACCGGGAGAAACUUCGAGGUUUUCACUGCAGAGAGCUACAAAACGCAGCUCGUAGCUGGGACCAACUACUUCAUUAAGGUCAAUGUGGGAGGAGGCGAAUAUGUUCACCUUCGUGUUUACAAGAAACUCCCGGCUUAUGGAGGAACGCUCCAGCUGACCAGACUGCAGCACCCCAAGAGUCAACAUGAUACUAUUGCGUACUUCUAAUGGAAGAACGAACCAGCCAAAGCAUCAGUGCCCACAGUAGUGUCAUUGUAAUUCAUUAAUAACCUCCCUCUUCAUGAGGGGAAAGCUUUCCUUGUUUCCAUAUAAUAACAUAUUGCAGAUAAUGGAAAUAAGACUAGAUCAGUUAAAUACGAGGUGGGUAAAUAAAUAAAGCAGAAUUUU